UGUUAUGUUAAAUUCACGAGAUUGCUCAGAAGGAUUAAGAAGUGAAAGGUAAUGAAGCUAAUUUCUGCAUUUUUGGAAGGAAAAGGUGGACUUAACCUUUAGAAAAUCCAACAACAAAAAUGGACAGUUUUCCCAUAUCUGAAGUCAGGAUAUAAGCAUUAGAGGAAUUACACUGCUUGAACCUCUUUUUGAAGCUGAAGAGGGGACAGGACAGGAAGGGGCUCAAAAACCUGACCAAUAAUAAAUGAUCAUAAAUAAGUACAUGGUUAUAUUUAGUCUGCAGAAGCGUUAUAUACAGCAUUUUCAAGUAUCAGGUAAUUUUAAGGGUGGCUGAUGAUCUGCUGAUUGGAAAGUAAUAACUGAAUAUUGGCUGAGAAUGAUAAUCACAGUCUUCUGGGCAUAUGCAUCAGGAUGUGAUAUUGUGGUGUUGGGGACUGACUUUGAAAGAUUACAGAUAAUCCCUGGAGCAAAACAUGGAAACAUUCAAGUGGGGUGUGUGGACUGUUCAAUGCAACAGGGGAAGAUUGCAGCUUCUUACGGAAAGGUGAUUUGUAUCUUUGAGCCAGUUAGCCUCUUGAAGCAGAACAGCAGUCAUCGUAAUACAUUACAUUAUCAAUGGCAGAAGAAUGCUCAAAUCUUACUGGAAGCCAUAGCACAUAAUCUAACGUGGGAUCCCACAGGCACUCGCCUUUUGACUGGUUCCAGUUGUCUUCAGCUUUGGUCCAAUGUUCCUUUGGAAAACCCUUCUGACGAUGACAAUACUGAAAGAACAGAUGUUGGACUUGGAGAAUGGAGAUGUAUCUGGCAAUGCAAAACUGCUUCUCAAGUUUGUUUAAUGAAAUUCUCACCAGAUGGGGAGUUUUUUGCUACUGCUGGAAAGGAUGAUUGUCUUGUGAAAGUGUGGUACAAUGCAGACAGUUGGCGAUCAGCCAUAACACCACCUGGUGCAAGUUCAGAAAAACAAGAAGUUGAUUUUUCAUUUGUUUAUUUGGCUCAUCCUCGAUCAGUAAAUGCAUUUUCGUGGAGGAAGACCAGUAAAUUCAUGCCACGUGGUGCUGUCUGCAAUGUACUCCUGACUUGCUGUAAGGAUAAUGUUUGUCGUCUCUGGGCAGAGACUUUGUUACCCAAUGACAGUCUGUUGUAUGGUGGAGGAUACAACAAUUGGAGUGAAGCAGUGAACUUCACAAAUAACUUCAAGAGAAAUACUUCAAGUAAGGAGAAAGUGCAAAAUGCUUUAGAGUUAAACCUGAGGCACUUUAGACGAGGAAGGAGGAGGUCGGGUGCUGUUGUAGCACAUACUGGAUAUUCUCCACACCAGCAAGAUCCCCACGAAGUUCACAGGAACAUCCCUCCUCAUGCAAAUGCACUUUGUCACUUCCAUAUUGCAGCCAGUAUCAAUCCAGCCACAGAUAUUCCUCUACUCCCUUCUAUCACAUCUCUGAGUCUUGGUGAAAAUGAAGAAAGAAGUGGACCUUUUGUUGUGCACUGGCUAAACAAUAAAGAACUUCAUUUUACCUUAUCCAUGGAAGUAUUUUUGCAACAACUUAAAAAGAGUUUUGAACAUCAUUCUCCUGAGACUAACACUGAGGAAUCUAAUCAGAUGGAUGGCAGAUCAGAAGAAGAAGUUGAUGAAAAUGGAGAUGAACAAAAAGGAAACCAAGAAAAGAAGGAACUGGGUGAUGAGAAAACUGUUCCAAAUUCAAGCCUUGUUCCUUUAUCUACUGCUAUUAUUGAUCACGAGAUCGAAGUACUACUUUCUGAAUGGAGUAAAAAUGCUGACAUGCUAUUCAGUAUACAUCCUAUGGAUGGUUCACUGCUGAUAUGGCAUGUGGACUGGCUAGAUGAAUACCAGCCUGGCAUGUUUCGCCAGGUGCAGGUGUCAUUUGUCUCAAGGAUUCCUGUUGCAUUUCCGACGGGUGAUGCAAACUCUCUUUGCAGAAGUAUAGUGAUGUAUGCCUGUACCAAAAAUGUUGACUUAGCUAUUCAACAAGGCAAACAAAAGCCUCCUGGCCUUACACGAUCUUCAUCUAUGCUGAUCUCUUCUGGACACAGUAAAUCAACCAACAGUUUAAAACUAAGUAUCUUCACGCCUAAUGUUAUGAUGAUUUCCAAACAUGCAGAUGGGUCAUUGAACCAGUGGCUAGUGAGUUUUGCUGAGGAAUCUGCUUUUUCAACUGUACUCAGUAUUUCACAUAAAUCCCGAUAUUGUGGUCACCGUUUUCAUCUUAAUGACUUGGCUUGCCACUCGGUAUUACCACUGCUGCUUACAACCUCACAUCACAAUGCUCUAAUUUCACCAGAUGUUGAGAAUGCAAAACAGGCAAAUGAUUCUUUAAAGUCUCAGGAGUCACCAGUAAGACUUCAGAGUAAAGGCAAUGCAAAUGUAACAUCCCAGGAUCCCAAUGCAGUUUACAGUGAACUUAUUCUUUGGAGAGUUGACCCUGUUGGGCCUUUGUCCUUUUCUGGUGGAGUUUCUGAACUUGCUCGGAUCAAUUCUCUCCAUGUGUCAGCUUUUUCUAAUGUUGCAUGGCUGCCCACACUUAUACCCAGCUAUUGCCUUGGUGCAUACUGUAAUUCUCCAAGUGCUUGCUUUGUGGCUAGUGAUGGACAGCAUUUGAGAUUAUAUCAAGCUGUAAUAGAUGCUAAGAAACUUUUGUGUGAGCUCUCCAAUCCAGAAAUUUCCAAAUAUGUUGGUGAAGUUUUUAACAUCAUAAGUCAGCAAUCUACGGCUCGCCCAGGGUGUAUCAUUGAACUGGAUGCUAUCACAGAGCUUCACGGCAGGAAAACGCAGUUAUUCCAUGUCUUUCAAGAAGACUUCAUUUUAAAUAACCAGGAGAAGGAAAAGAACAACAAUUUAUCAGACUCUGGAAACCAGCAGAAUGGAUUCUCUGAAAAAUUCUACUUAAUAGUAAUAGAGUAUACUCACAACCAUUCACUACUACAUAUGUGGCAUUUACAUUUGAAGUCAAUUCCUGUCUCAGUAGAUGAAAAGAUAGAUCCAAAUACACCUGAAGUGGCAACACAAACAGAAGAAUUGUAUUCUUCACCAGAUCCAGAGAAGAUCCCAUCACCUUUCACUCAAAAGUAUCAGGCCUGUAGAGCAAACCUUCAGAGCACCAGCUGGCUUACUCUGUCUUCCAAAAUGGUGUAUAGUCAAGAGUUGAAUCUGCCAGAAGGAGUAGAGAUAAUAAGUGUAAAGCCAUCAGCAGGACAUCUGAGUUCUUCUUCCAUAUAUCCUGUCUGUCGUGCACCGUAUCUGCUGGCUACUUCAUGCUCUGAUGGAAAAGUUCGAUUCUGGAGAUGCAGAGUUACCACUGAAUCAUCAGCUUCUUCCAUGACAGAAUAUAAUGCAUGUAGUGAUGUUACAUAUGUAUGGGAAGAAUGGCCAUUACUGAUUGAGGAUGGACUUCUUAGUAGUAGUGCUAUUAAUGUUCCAGGAAGGCCAACUGAAGUUAGCUGUGCACACACAAACAGAUUAGCAGUAGCAUACAAGCAGGUAACAUCUAAAAAUAGUCAUCUUCCUCAAGAUUUUAUAAUGCAUGUUGGUAUUUUUGAAUGUGAGUCUACAGGGGGUUCUUCCUGGAUUCUAGAACAGACUCUUCAUUUAGAUGAGAUAGGCACCAUAUUAGACUCUGGUGUUAGUAUUGAUAGUAGUUUAGUGGCAUAUAACAGACAAGAUGUUUCUCUGUCUCAUGGUGGGAAUAUUAUGCCCAGCACUAAGCACUUGGUACACUUAGACUGGAUGUCUAGGGAAGAUGGUUCACAUAUUCUAACAGUGGGAAUUGGAUCAAAACUUUAUAUGUUUGGUCAGCUGUCUGGGAAGACGCAAGAACAAAAUGGUAAGGAGAUUGUAGCAAUCUCUCAUAGUGGCAGUACAAAGGCUACAACCCUUUCUAGGUUUGUUCUGCUGCGUUGUGUCGACUUGGUUUCAUCUGUAGAGGGCUCACCUCCUUUUCCAGUCUCCUUGUCUUGGGUGCGUGAUGGUAUUCUUGUAGUUGGAAUGGAUUGUGAAAUGCAUGUUUAUUCUCAGUGGCAGUCUCCUUCCAAGCAGGAACUAGUUAGUAGAGAUUCCUGCAGUGGAAGUACACCAUGCAUAACUAGCUUAAUGAAACAAAGCCAGUCAGCCGCCUCAGGUCUGCAUCCACCAAAGCGAACCUUGACCAGAUCUAUGACCAGCCUUGCACAGAAACUUAGUGGGAAAAGAUCUGCCAGUGAUCUAUCUAUGGAAAUGGAAGAUUCUGGUCUUUUUGAAGCAGCUCAUACAUUAUCUCCCACUUUACCUCAGUACCAUCCAUAUCAACUGUUGGAACUCAUGGAUCUUGGUAAAGUACGUAGAGCAAAAGCCAUUCUGUCCCAUCUGGUGAAGUGCAUUGCUGGAGAAGUUGUUGCUAUAAACGAAUCUGAACCUAAUCAUGACAAGAGGCUCAGAUCUCUGACCAUCAGUGCUAGUGGAAGUACUGCAAGAGAUCCCAAAACAUUCAGCAAAACUGAGACUACAGACUAUAUCGAAAUAGACUCUGUUCCACCAUUGCCUUUGUAUGCUCUGCUUGCUGCAGAUGAUGAUUCAUCUUAUUCCUGUUCAGAGAAGUCUAAUAAUCAAAACAGUCAAAAUAAAAAAGAUAAGACCAAUGACAAUUAUGAAGAUCUUUUUCAAAAUACUGUUAUAAGUGCAGAUGAACUUGUUAUAUUUGAUGCAGAUGAAGACAGCUCGAAACCAAAAGUCAUUGAUCUUUCUCAAUAUAGCCCAACUUACUUUGGACCAGAGCAUGCUCAAGUUCUUUCUCGUCACUUGCUUCAUUCAAGCUUGCCAGGUCUGACUAGGAUGGAGCAAAUGUCAUUGAUGGCCUUGGCAGAUACAAUUGCUACUACCAGUACUGACAUUGGAGAAAGCAGAGACAGAAAUCAGGGUGGAGAAACUCUUGAUGAGUGUGGUUUAAAAUUUUUAUUAGCUGUUCGGCUUCACACGUUUCUAACAACUUCCCUUCCUCCUGUACAUCGAGCUCAACUGCUUCACCAAGGCUUAUCUACUAGUCAUUUUGCCUGGGCUUUUCAUUCAGUAGCGGAAGAAGAACUACUGAGCAUGCUCCCUGCAGUGCAGAAAGGAGAUCCAUCAUGGUCAGAACUCAGAGCUAUGGGUAUAGGAUGGUGGGUUCGAAAUAUCCAUAGCCUGCGGAAAUGCAUAGAAAAGGUAGCUAAAGCAGCCUUUCAGCGAAACAAUGAUCCGCUUGACGCGGCCAUUUUUUACCUCGCAAUGAAAAAGAAGGCUGUGAUCUGGGGAUUAUACAGGUCCCAAAAAGAUACUAAAAUGACACAGUUUUUUGGCAACAACUUUACUGAGGACAGAUGGCGUAAAGCAGCAUUAAAGAAUGCUUUUUCUUUGCUUGGCAAACAGCGUUUUGAACAUUCUGCAGCAUUUUUCUUGCUGGCAGGACACUUAGAAGAUGCAGUGGAGGUCUGCCUUGAAAAACUGAAUGACAUUCAAUUGGCUCUUGUAAUAUCAAGACUUUAUGAGUCAGAGUUUGAAGUUUCUAGUACUUACAAAUCUGUACUACAGAAGAGAAUUUUGGGAAGUGUGUUUCCUGCAAAAGAGAGUUCAGGAAACAUGCACUGUGACCCUUUUCUGCGAAGUAUGGCUUACUGGAUUUUGGAAGAUUAUAGCAAGGCUCUUGACACUUUGAUUAAACAUUCUGUUGAAGAUGGAGAUGGAGACGGCUCAUCAAGUUGUAACCCUGCAGUAUUUAACUUCUAUAACUACUUAAGAACACAUCCUCUCUUGUUGAGACGUCAUUUUGGCUCUUCUGAUACAUCUUCCACACACAUUUGCCUAACAGUAGAAAAUGGAUUAGCUGACAAAAUCAACCUAGGCGAAAGGCAGCUGUUUUUCACCACUGCAUAUGCUCAUCUAAAAGCUGGUUGUCCUAUGUUGGCCUUAGAAGUGUUAUCAAAGAUGCCGAAAGUUGUCAAGAGGUCAAAGUCAUUCUGUAGAUCCCCUAGUUUAAUGGAUACUAGUAAAGAUUUCUCACCAUCUUCUCCAGUUAAAGAGUUGGAAACAAAAGAACCAUCUUCCAGUGUUGAUUGGUCACAGGCAGUAUUGAAUGGUCUAGGUUCAUCUUCAGAUUGCUCAUCGGGAAAACAUUCAAGUUCAACUCUUUCCUUUGACUGGAGCCAGCCAAGUGUGGUGUUCCAAGAUGAACACUUGAAACUGCAGUCAGACAGUGAUGACAGUGAAGAUUAUUCCCUGGUAAUGAAAGAGCUAAAACCUUUGAAGAAAACUGAAAAAUUAUAUGAAACAAGUUCUAGCCACACAGAAUCUUUUAGUGUAGUUGAUGACAAAGAUAUUCUAAGUCCAUCAGAAGAUAUAAUUUCAGCACAGCUGAAGUUUAGAGCGUGCCUGAAAAUUCUUACUGUAGAGCUUCGUACGCUGUCCACUGGUUAUGAGGUAGAUGGUGGGAAGUUGCGGUAUCAGCUUUAUCAGUGGCUUGAAAGAGAAGUGGUAGCUCUUCAAAAGACCUGUGAUUAUAGUGUUGAGGUAGAAGAGAUACAGUCAGGAAUUUGUGUUAUGCCAGAAGCAGCUACGUUACAUGAAAAUACUGAAGACUUAGCUGAUGAGCAAAAAAAUAUGCUACAGAAAGAAGACUUUCAGAAAAGACGUCAAUGGCUUCUGAAAUACCAGUCUCUCCUAAGAAUGUUCCUUAGUUACUGUAUACUUCAUGGCUCUCAUGGUGGAGGUUUGGCAUCUGUCAGAAUGGAAUUAAUUCUGCUAUUGCAGGAAUCUCAGCAGGAGCAGUCAAUACAGAUACCAUCCAGCCCUCUACCAGAGCAAAGCUCCAUACCUCUUCUAUUUGCUUGCACAGCUAGUGCCAAAACAGUGGUGGCUAAUCCAUUGCUACAUCUUGGUAACUUAACUCAUGAUAUAUUACAUACCAUAAUAAACCUGGAUUCGCCACCUCAUCCAGAUGCUCAGAACAGCAAGAUAUAUGUAAUGCAUACCUUAGCAGCGUCACUCUCUGCUUGCAUCUACCAAUGUCUUUGUGAUGGCCACAGCUACAGCUCAUUUCAAGCAAAUCAGUUCACUGGAACAGUGUAUCAGACAGUGCUAUUAACUCAGCGCCAUUCUCUAAGAACAGCAAGCUUAGAAGAAACAGUGACUCCCAAUACAUCACCUGCUCAGUGGCCAGGUAUAACAGCUCUAAUACGUCUCUUGGAUUCUGCUGGUGAAGAAGCGCAGCCAGGUCUCACAAUUUUACUUUGUGAAAUUCUAACUGCAGUCUAUCUGAGUCUGUUCAUCCAUGGCCUAGCAACACAUUCUAGCAAUGAACUGUAUAGAAUUAUGGCUCAUCCACUUAACAACAAAAUGUGGUCUGCUGUCUUUGGAGGAGGAGCUCAUAUGCCCAGCAGAGGACAACUGCAAUUAAAGACAAAAACUGAUGAUGGAGAGAAACACCAAAAACAUUACAGCCUUUCAUCAAAAACCUCUCCAAAAGAGAGUUCUCAGUUGCCUGCAUUGCCAUUGGUAGAUCAAGAAUCUCCAUCUUACAAAGAAAGAUUUAUUCCUCCUGAGCUUAGCAUCUGGGAUUAUUUCAUUGCUAAGCCUUUUUUUCCAUCGCAAAGUAGAGUGGAAUAUGAUUCAGAAGAGAGUCAGGAAAGUGGUGAAGAUGAUGAAGAUACUGAUGGAGGAGUGUUUGCAUCAAAUUCACAUAAUCAAGAGCAUUCUAAUUCAAAUUCAUACAGUUGGUCACUCAUGAGAUUGGCAAUGGUUCAGCUGGUACUUCACAAUUUGAAGAUUUUCUACCCUUUGGCUGGACAUGAUCUUUCAGAGCUUCCAGUUAGCUCCCCGAUAUGCCAUGCAGUUUUGAAAACACUACAGCGCUGGGAACAAGUUCUUCUCCGGCGUCUUGAGCUAUAUGGGGGUCCACCUCAAUAUUAUAUUUCAGUUCAUGCUUCUGAAGAAGCCCUAGCUGCUGGUCCUGCGUUGCUUCGCCAUAAAACUUUACUUGAGCCUACAAACACUCCAUUCAGAUCUAACAGUCACGUUGCACUGUCUGUGAAGAGGCUGUGGCAGUACUUGGUUAAACAGGAAGAAGUCCAGGAAACCUUUAUCAGAAAUAUUUUUACAAAGAAGCGAUGCAUAAAUGAGUCAUUAGAGGAGCACAGUGAAACCAUGAAAAAUUCUGUGGUGGAGGAACCCAUCGUCAAUAAGAUAGAAACAGAUAGUGGAUACCCAGAAGGCAAGGCAAGAAUAAUCCAUAAAGAGUCUGACAUCAUUACUGCUUUUGCAGUCAAUAAGGCAAAUCGGAACUGCAUUGCAAUAGCAUCGAGUCAUGACAUUCAAGAAUUAGAUGUUUCUGCGAUUUUAGCUACACAAAUCUAUACCUGGGUUGAUGAUGAUGUGGAAAUAGAAAAUAAAGGGGCUGAUGAUUUCUUAGUUAUACAUGCUCGUGAUGAUCUGGUAAAUGUUCAGGGAACCACUCCUUAUACUCAUAGUAAUCCCGGCACACCUAUCAAUAUGCCUUGGCUUGGCAGUACACAAACUGGCAGGGGUGCAUCUGUGGAAUAUUCCAAUAAAUUUAAUGGAAUCAGAAAGGAAUUGGCAAGAAAAGAGAUGCUCAAGAAGGCUAUUAAUAAUGUCAGAAGAAUGGCUUCUCAUCCAACAUUACCAUAUUACCUGACAGGUGCUCAGGAUGGUAGUGUAAGAAUGUUUGAAUGGGGUCAUGCACAGCAAAUCACAUGUUUUCGGUCUGGUGGCAACUCAAGGGUAACUCGAAUGAGAUUCAAUUACCAAGGAAAUAAGUUUGGAAUUGUUGAUGCUGAUGGAUAUAUAAGUUUAUAUCAAACAAAUUGGAAAUGUUGCCCACUUACUGGGACUUCACCUAAACCAUAUUUGACGUGGCAGUGUCAUAACAAAACAGCCACUGACUUCGUUUUCAUCAGUUCAUCAUCUUUGAUAGCCACAGCAGGAUUGUCUUCUGACAAUAGAAAUAUUUGUCUUUGGGAUACUUUGGUUUCACCUACAAAUAGCUUGGUGCAUGCUUUUAUCUGUCAUGAUAGUGGAGCAACUGUGCUAGCAUAUGCUCCAAAACAUCAGCUGUUAAUAUCUGGAGGCAGAAAAGGCUUUACAUGUAUAAUUGAUCUUCGCCAAAAACAGCAGCAACAGUUACUCCAGAGUCAUGAUUCUCCGGUCAAAGCAAUUGCUGUUGAUCCUACAGAAGAGUAUUUUGUAACAGGAUCUGCUGAAGGCAACAUAAAGGUGUGGAGUCUGUCUACGUUCAGUCUUCUUCACACCUUCAUCAAUGAGCAUGCCAGACAGUCUCUCUUCAGAAACAUUGGGACGGGAGUCAUGCAAAUUGAAACAGGACCAGCAAAUCACAUAUUCUCCUGUGGUGCUGAUGGAACAGUAAAGAUGAGAAUCUUGCCCGGUAGAUUCAGCCCUUUAAAUGAUGUGUUAAAAAAUGAUGUUAAAUUUAUGAUCUAAUAUUAUUUUUUCAGAACCGUGUAUAACAUUCCCCUUCUGCCAUCCCUGAAAAUAUUUCUUCUGGAACUAGACAACAAAGCAGAUACACAAUGAUAGCUUGUGCCACAAAGAUGCGCUUUCUUUUUUGGGGUUUUUGGGGGUUUUGUUUUUUGUUGCCCAUAUUUGUUGCCUGGAGCUUUUAGUCCCUGAUGCACUGAUGCCUUAAAGAUUAACAAGGUCCUUCAGGUUUUGAUCAUUGCCUAAAAUAAAAGCUAUAUGUGACUCCGAAUUAUAUGCUUAUAAUAUUACUAAGGUGUUGCUGAAGGGGUUUAUUCUUCCUUUUGAGGUAGUUACACUCCUACCUGGAGUGCACCAUCUGGGCAUAGUCUCUGCUCAUAUUCAACACCUGGCCGCCUUCUAAAAGCAGGUCUGUCCAGAUGGAAAGCUUAGAUAAUGUUAUUCUUUUUCACUGUGGCAACCCUAACUGUCUCUCUUCUGAACUUGUUUAGUCAGCUGACAAUAAAAAUUUAUACCUAUGUGUAGAAGAGAAACAAAGCCUGUAUGAGUAGAUACUCCUGGCCAUGCAAGCAUUCAUAUUAUGAGCCACAGUCUGUCUCCAUUCCUGGAAUCCAGGCUGUUUACCUCUCUAACUUGCCUGAUCUCCUUCCUCUGGUCUAGGGUCGAAGAAACUGAAGGAUGUUCUGUAACUUGUCUUCUGUUCUAUAGCUUGAAUCACUGCCAUCAGGAUGGCAGGCUUACCUAUUAGAAAGAAUUAUAUUUUUAACCCUCAACACUCCCUUUACAAAAAUAUGUAAAUAUUAAUGGAUAUCUUCCUGAUAAAAUAGUCAAGAUUAUGUGUGAAGCUUUAAUCUUGAUCAAAAAGAUACAGGAAGAUACUGCUUUAGGAUAUGGCACUAGAAUUUCUUCAAAGACUAUUUAUUUACAUGUCUGUAGAGGGGAAAAAAAAAAACCAACUUAUUUAUUUUUACAUUUUUUCCAGUAAGACUUUUAUUUAGCCCAAAGAUACUCAGUUGAUUAUUAGCACUUACAUUCUUGUUUGUCUGCUUUUCCUAAGUACUUUAAAAAAGAAAAUAGGAAAGAAGUUCAACAGCAAAGUACUUUAAUACUGUCAGUCUUUGUACUGUAUGUUUACAUCUGGUGUAAAAUGAAAGAAAAGAAUUUUGAAAAGGAUAGAUGGAUUUUUUUUUUGCCAAAAUAUUAAACUCAGUCACUUCAAUGUUUGACCAAAUUAUUAAUGCACAAAGCCUUUACUUUUUUUUUUUAGUCAGCUAAAAACUUUUUCUGUAAGUAUUGUGGUUUACUUUUCCUGACUUGAGAGCUUGACAAAGGUUUAAUUUGUAAAUUAGAUGUGAGGCUGGAUUACUUGAAUGCCAAUGGUGUACUUUUUGCUAAAAGAUAUUUUGUGAAAUAUAGCACCAAGAUAUUAACUGUAAAAUAAACUUGUCAAAUUAGGAACUAUGGGGAUAAAUAAAGCAUAGCAGAAAUGAAGGGCUUGUAAAAUGAACUUUGUAACAUUCUCAGGAUGCUUUUAUCUUAAGAAUAUAAAAUUGUUUAAAAAGAUUUUGUAAAACGUAUUAAGGUCAUUUUAAAUGUAUGUUUCGCAAGUUGCAGUGCAAACACUAUGAAGGUUUUUAUGCACAUAACCUGAAUUUUCAAAUUGUGCAAUAAAAAGAAUGUGAAUAUUUUGCCAUGGAGAAACAUGUGACAGCAUUUCAAACUGGUACAGCUGUUCAGUUGCAAUUGUUCUUCCACAACACUUACAGAUUGAAGUCAAGAUUGAUGUCAAAACAGUUUAAGUACAGUGAUGGACCAGAAAAGUGACUGACUAAAAGUGACACCACCUUACAAAACAGACUUGCCCAAAGCAUAUGUUAUAUCUGCUCAGUGGCUGAGUUUCUAGUAUUCCUUAUCUUUAUGAAAGGAGGAGAACAAUGGAGUCAACACUAGCACACUCCUUGAGAAUUGACUGAAACCCUGAUUUUGUAGCUGCUAAUAUACAUGCAUUAGUUUUAUGCCCACUGAACUAACAGUGUCACAUUCAGAAAAGGAAAAUGUGCAAAAAUCAUGGCAACUUUAUUUAAUGAUGUCCCUGAUGUUUUGUCCUUAAACAUUUGUAUCUCAUUAGCUUUAAUAUUACAAGCUCAGUUUAUUGUACUGGCAAUUACAGAAAGCUGUCUUAUCAUCUGCGAACUGAGCAGAUUUUGUAUGUAAUUUGCCAAGACAUACAAUGUUGUUGUUUUUCUAAGUAGAGCUGCACUAUGAAUAAUCCUGGCAAACUUACACUUAUACCAGAAAAGUACUGACUGUAAGCAGGCAUUUUCAAUAAUGUUAUAGUUACCGUAAGCUACUCUCAAAACUAAAUUAUGUAAAAAUCACAAUGUAUUUGCCACACCUUCAUAAUCUUCCCAAUAAAUCCUGCAGAAACUCAACCUUCUAGAAUUCCAUGUUGCUGCUACUUCAUUUGCAAAUGGGUUGUUUGCUUGUAUAAUGUUCAUUGAUGUUUAACAAUUAUUGUAAGUCAAAUUAUCGAUAGCUUUCUUGUAAUGAUGGAAUCAAAAUGACUUAACUUCUGUUGUAUCUGAAACUUGUAAAGGGACACUCUCAACUUUAAGUCUAUUCAUUAGGGAAGACUGAACUCAAAACUCUUCCAGCUGUUGCCCUUAACUUCCACUGACUUUCAUCCUCCAGCAGUUAAUGUUUUCUCCCUGUUCCUAUGCAAGUUACUCAAACAGAAGGGUAAUAGCGGCUACCCAGGGUUCUGUGCUUGAAGUAGCCAUGUGCACAAAUUGACAUUAAAAUUUGCAUUUACCAGUGCAUAAUCAACAAUAAUUCCAUGUCCAGACAAAAUAACUUAGUUUGUAGUUGAUAAUGUCCCUUUUAAAUAUCACAGAUGAGCUGUUGUGACUUGUGUUUGUCUUUGUAGCAAUACAUAAUGCAAUCAGAGUGUGUCAUUCUUGUGUUGCUAAUUGACUCAGUUAUCUCAAACAGAUGAUCCAAGUUCUCUACUGUUACUUUAGUAACUUUUGAGAGUUAAACUUCUGGCCAUCUGGGUGCUUAAACUGGCUUGCUGUGUGACUUUUAACAAGAAGAUACUCACCUGACAGCUGAUGUUGCAGGAUGUUUAUGGAGAAAGAUGGAGAGUGGAAUAGAUGCAGAUUUUGUACAACGCUGCUGUGGCACAAGUUGAGCUUAUACAUGUUCUACUGCAUUUUAGGAACCUUGCUACCAGUUACAGGAAAUAAACUGUUGAGAUAUCCUACAUUAGGUACCACUCCCUUCCUCUUAAGAGCACCCAGUGUUAGUUGCAAUAGGUACGAAAAAAGCAACAGUGAUUAAAAGGAAAUAAGCUUGGAGGCAGUAUGUUCUCCAAGGUAAUUUUUUCAAAUGUUUAUUUUUACUAAAAAAUAGCAAAACCACCUCUAAUGGCAGGUUCAGCACACUGAUCAAACUACUUUCUAUAAAAUAAAGAUACUGAUUUACCAA